AUGGAGACUAAGCGCAGUGCCGAGCAACUGUCUCGCGAUGCCCAGCGCAAGCGCCGCAAGCAGGCCAAAGCUGGGGCCAAAGACGGCGGCCAAUGGAAUCGUUGUAUGUUCAGGGUGGUGCGGAAAAACCGCUACUGCAAUAUCUCCAGAGUGCCAGGCUCGCUCUUCUGCGGCAACCACCUUCCUGACUAUGACGCAGUGGUGAGCAAAAAGUCUCAGAAGUUUAAAGCCGCUGCACGUCGCCGCGUGCCGUGUCCGGUGGACGCAUCGCACACGGUCUACGAGUACGACUUGGCCAAGCACGUGCUGGUCUGCAACCGCGUCAAGGACGCUGACGCCAUGAAGAAGCUUCCAUACUAUAGUCACAACAUCAACUCUGGCUCACAUUGCAGUAGCAAGGAAGACGAUAAAGCAGCAGACGUGGGAGAACCAGGAGUGGAAAAAGACGAGGACGGAAAUGAACACUCAGCUCCGUCAGCGCAAGAGCAACAAGGUAUUAUUGAUAAACUGCAAGCUGUCGACUUUGCCGACUUGAGAAAACGCAUUGAGACGGCGUAUGCUUCGUGUGUUGGCGCAUUGGCACUGGAAAAGCUGCACCACACAUGCUGUGACCAGCUUUUUGAAGAGAAGAAGAAGGCUGGAGCUUCGAAGAGUGUGUUACGACACAUUGAGCAACAAGCGUCGAUUAUCGGACACAUGGAGAAGGUGAACUUAUUAGAGAAUCCGAAUGCUGUAUUCGUGGAGCUUGGAGCUGGAAGAGGAAUGCUGUCGUUGGCGCUAGCGCAGAUGUACCCAGACAGUCUGUACGUGCUGAUCGAUCGCGCGCACACGCGAGGCAAGGCUGAUCGCUUUAUUGGCGGCGAUGAAGCUGCAAAGGAGAGAUCGUCUACGCUGCGAGCAAAGAUUGAUAUCCGCCACCUGAAUUUUGCCGGUAUGCAAGAGAUUGUGAGCAAACCUGUGGUCUGCAUGUCCAAGCAUUUGUGCGGUGUAGCAACGGAUCUGUCGCUACGAGCCAUCGCACAAACACUGCCUGAACCCAAGAGUGAUAAAGCUAUUCUAUUAGAUAGCACAGUCAGCUCUAGCUUUCAGGGGUUGGCAAUUGCGCUAUGCUGCCAUCACGUUUGUGCGUGGGAGGACUACGUGAACCCAGAAUUCUUCCGGGCUCAUGGCUUCAAGCCUGAAGAGUUUGAGCUGCUCACAAGUAUGACUUCGUGGACUACUUGCGGGAUGGGUCUCGAGGGUGACGCGGUGCAGCACAUUCUCGGCAUCAGCAAAGACGAGCGUGCAGCUCUAGGACGACAAUGCAAACGCAUCAUUGACGCUGGUCGUGCAGCGUACUUGGCGCAAUUACAGCUGAAGACUCGACUUGUCCACUAUUGCGACACCAAAGACAGUCUUGAAAACUGCCUGCUUCUUGCCUGGCGAUAG